AAAAAAAAAAGGAGGACCGUUGUUUACCAUGGCGACGGGGACGCUACUGUUUAUUAGCAGACACAGAGUUCUCCAAUAUGUUUCACUUUUGCUAUGUAUAAAUCUAAUUGACUGCCAGCAGUUUAUCAUUCCGUUUAAAGCGCCUUCAGAUUGCGGCGUCGACGAAUUCUUCGACAUAUCAAGUUUGUCGUGCUCCAGAUGUGGUUCAAAUCAGCGCAAGAGCUCCACAGGACUGAGUUGCAUUUGCCAGACUGGCUACAGAACCUUAAAUGUCUUCAAUGAUAAAAUAUCCAUUUCUUGCGAGCAGUGUCCUACAGACAGGCCCGCAGUAACACAAGAUGGCUUUGGGUGCAUUCGCUGUCCAAACAGCCUGAGUAAUGAGGGAAAAUGUCAGUGCCAAUCAGGCUAUAUCCUGGUGGAAAGGGAUAUCAAUGGAAAUCCCUUGAAUAAUGCCAGAUGUGAAGCGUGCAACAACAAAAGCCCUGCUUUGUCUGUAUCAAACAUCAAUGGAGACAGGUGUGAGAGAUGUAUGUCUACCUUCACUAACACCUCCUGUGUGUGCGCGGCUCCUAAUGUUCAAGAAGGAGGAUUGUGUUUCCGCCCAGGAGUCCUUUCCACUAAUGUGAAUCCCAGUGUCAACUAUGCUCAGUUGAAAUUCAGCAUUCAGUCGGCCUGGUUUGUGGAACAUCUCUACUCCUCCACAGCGGCGUGCCUCGACUACUCCAACCUGACAGCAUGCGAGGCUCUUGGCAACAUGUGUGUGUUGAACAUGCACUCCGUCGCUGGUUCCUCUUCUGAUGCUUGUGGUCUUUUUAACAACGUUUACAGAUCAAAAGCUGCUCUGAGCUCAGUUCAAGAAAUUGCUUAUUGGAGAGUUAAUCUCCCGUGGCUUUUCUAUGGAGAUGAACCCGGGCUGGCUAGUCGCGUGCUUCAAACAGAUCCUGUUCCCACCGUCUUCAGCUUCAGAGGAACAAAUCAAAACACCAACAUUCAGCUGCUUGCUGCUGUCUAUAAUGUCGGGGGGGAGUUCCUGCGGUGGGAGCAGGUCGGAGGAAGCAACCUGCAGCUUUGUCCAGGAUUAGCUCCCAAACAGGCAGCAGCCUUCAGCUUUGGAACCGCUUACCAAGAAAGUUGUGACCUUUCAGUGGCGGAUCUGCUGGAUUCCCAUCCCGAGCCGUUGUUCUAUGACAUUUACAUGGACCUGGGAGGAGGAGAGAACAGGAAACUUCUUCCCCUGCCAACGCUGGUCGAAAACCAACAGUACAAUGGAGGAUUCAUCAAUCAGGAUAGUAUGAGAAACUGGUAUCUAACUCGCCGAAUGUUUCUUGUGGACACUUUGAGUGGAAGAGAGAAGAGCAUAACAUCCUCACCUAAAGUCAUUCGUGUUGCCAGCAGUGUCAAAAUAAGGUUUCAACUCGUUCCUCGAAAUCAAGAGGGGCUCAUUUUCCCCCCUCUGAUGACUUUGACUUACACAGAUGUUCUCAUCACAGACAUCCAUACUCAAACUGUGCCUAUAACUUUUGCUAUGGAGUAUGAGAUGGAUCAGACAGAGGCUCAUACAAAGACUGACACUGCUCUUGGCAUCUUGGGCGGGUUGGCAGUUCUUUACUCGCUCCUGAAGACAGUCAGCUGGAAGAGGAGGAUUGCUUCGCCCAUCAUUGAUCUGGAGACGAUGCUGAAGUUUCUGUUGUUUUACUCCGGUGACCUGGCCAAUGUUUUCUUUAUCGUCACGGUGGGAACUGGCCUUUACUGGCUCAUAUUUUACAAGGCUCAGCGAUUUGUAUCUGUGCUGCUUCCACUCCCCUCUCAAGAGGAGCAGUUUGUGACGUACAUUGGUUGUGCCUUCGCUCUCAAGGCUGUCCAGUUUCUACACAAGCUGUAUAUGCAGGUGUCAGUCGAUAUAUUUCUUAUAGAUUGGGAGAGACCACGAAGCAAAGGGAACAGGACAGUGCCAGCGCAUGGGGACAGUAAACGUGCCUCCCCAGUCAGCAUCUGGAGGACCUACUUUGUGGCAAACGAGUGGAACAAACUCCAGACCAUUCGCAAGAUCAGCCCAACUUUUCAGACCAUGGCUGUGCUCUUCUUUCUCGAAGUGCUGAAUUUCUCCAACCUAGCUUUGAGAGACCCUUGGUCAACGUUACAGCGCUCCCCAGAGGCAUACACCCCUCCUUACAGUCUGAUUCUACGCUACGGCCUUGCCGCCACACUGUGGCUCUGCAUUGCCCUUCUGCAGGUGAUAUUCUUCAAAGUAUUUUACGAACACUUUGUGGAGGACAAAAUUCGUCAGUUUGUGGAUCUCUGCUCUGUCAGUAAUGUCUCUGUGCUGCUGUUCAUCAAUCGUUGUUUUGGUUACUACAUCCAUGGACGCUCAGUGCAUGGACACGCAGACACAAACAUGGAGGAAAUGAGCAAUAACCUGAAGAGAGAACGUGAGUCGCUGUGUGGUCAGCGGGGUUUGGUUCCCAACUCUGACAUUCAGACCUUUCAGGUGUCGAUCACCAACCGUCUGAGGCAACAGUAUGAAAGGAUACAAGAUUCUCUUAGCAAGAGGAACAGGCCGUCACGGUUGAUGGAUGCAUCUACAGCCAAUCUGUCAGAUCUACAGUUCAGAGCGUACAACACCAUGAACCACUUCCUGGGAUCCAUUAUUGAUCAUGGCCAUCCUGACAUGGACUACAUGGUGAAGGAAAAGUUGAUGUUGGAGCGAGUCAUAGGGAUGGAGUUUAUGGAACCGGCUGAUAAAAGCUACUUUUACAGUGAUGAGGCCCACUCCUUCAGUAAUGUCCUCUUUUAUGGAAAUGAGGCCACGCUGCUGAUCUUUGACAUUUUAUUCUUCUGUGUUGUUGACCUUGGAUCUCAGAACUUUGUGCUCGCAGCUGUUCUCACACACCUACAGCAAAUGAUGUUCCGCUUUAUCCGUAAGACUCUUGGGAGAAGGAACCUUGCCAACAAAACGCUGGUGGAUCAGAGGUUUCUGAUAUAGACCUCAGGGUCUGUUUUCGGUGGCAAAGAUGUUUACUGCUCUCUUGUUCUGUUCUUGUUAAAGGAAUCUGUUCACUGCUGAAUUUAAUGCAAAUGUUGUCUUUUUGGAAAUAUUUGUAUGCUUUUAUAUUGAUUAAAUUGUUUUCUAUAAAAUAUGA